GAAACUCAUAAAUGCAGCUCUAUGAGAGCCUACUUGACUAUUUUCCCCAUAAAUAAUUUUCAGUGAAGAAGCUUUUGCUAAAUUCAGUGUUAUUUUGACUUUAGUCUCUUGCCAAUAUCACCCAAUAUGACUGGAUCUAAAGAUACAGGCUCUACCGGCCCUAUUAGAGAAGGACUUGGGGAUCCUCUCUUUGAUCCAAAGGAAGAUGGUAAAGUAGAUAUCGUCUUUGUUCAUGGCCUUUCCGGAGAUAGAGUCGACACAUGGACAUACAAGAAAAAGGAAGUCUCCCAGUUCUGGCCCAAGACUCUCCUGCCCACAGAUUGUCCAACGGCACGAAUCUUGUCUUUCGGAUAUAACUCCGACUUUGCAUAUUUCUUCCCACCCGAUAAUGCGAAGGGCAUUUCGACCGAUUUGACAAUCGACAACUACUCGUCGUCUUUGCUGCAUGCUUUAGUCGGUCUGCGAGGCAAGACCAAUACUACCGAUCGUCCCAUCAUCUUCGUCGCACACAGUUUAGGCGGCCUUGUAGUUGCCAAUGCCCUUGCCCGACCCCACGGCACCGACGAAGCCGCCAAAGAAAUCGCCGACAGAACUAUUGGCACCCUCUUUCUUGGAACCCCAUUCCACGGCUCCGCCAAGGCAAAAUAUGGUCGUUUUGCCGCAGACAUAUUGUCCUACUUCAAGACUACGGCUAGUCAAAACAUCCACGAUCUCGAAGAAUGCUCCGCCAAGCUGAUAAGUAUCAACGAAACUUUUGCAAAGUUCUUGAAGGAGCGGGAUCGCUCGCGAACCAAGCCCUUCCUCGAAGUUGCCUGUUUCUUUGAAGACGAGUCGCUCUAUAAAGGCGGGUUCAAGAUUGGGAAGAUUGUGCCCAAGGAGUCGGCUAGCUGGUUGGGUGUUGAUGCUCUUUCAAUCUCAAAGGAUCAUAUUGCCAUGUGCAAGUUUCGUGAUGAGGAUAGCGCGGAUUACAAGAAUGUUGUGGGGAAGUUGUGUCAGUGGAUCAAGGAGAUUGAUAAGGCUCAGGAUUUGAUCGAGGGAAGGGUCAGGGGAUUGGAUGCACAGAGCAUUGUUAUCACCCAAGGCAAUGUCGACAAUCGUAACAUUACCAACAACGGAGGCGUUGUUGCGGGUAAUGUUAGUGGUACUGCAAAGGAUGCGAACAAGCUUAUAGGAUCCACUUACAAUAAUGUCAAGCCUGCCGAACCGAUUGUUUGAUUGUCCUUUCGUCGUCCUGAGGAUAUGGUCUCUAUUUAUGUCCAUAAUGUGACGAUGGCAGCUAUGUCUACUCGAAAAUAUGAUUGAGAUUUGGAAGCUAAAAUGGCUCAGAUUGAAUAAGACAUAUACUGUAAAUGCAUUACCAGAUUAAGAG